UCUUUGUUACACUGGAAGAAGAAAGAUAAACUUUGUGAACUAGUGUAGCCAAUUCAGUUUAAAAGAACAAACUUUUUGUAAAGUUUUCAUAAGCCAGUGUAAUAUUUCGUGAAGUUUUAAAACUAACCUGAGCAUACACGUUGUCUUAAUAUGUCGCUAUCGUUACUAUUUUUACAUUAUAUGAAAAAAAUUAUCACUUAAACGUUAAUAUACAUGAAAAGAAAAGAAAUCAAAACUGGUGAUGGGAGAGAGAAAUUGGAAAGAUUGGAGACCUUUCGUGUACGGAGGUUUGGCCUCGAUUGUUGCCGAGUUGUGUACUUUUCCCUUAGAUACAACAAAAACACGCUUACAAGUGCAAGGACAGAAGUAUGAUCAAAAACUUGCACGUUUAAGGUAUUCUGGCAUGACUGAUGCAUUAUUACAAAUAUCUAAGCAAGAAGGAAUAAAAGGUUUAUAUUCUGGGAUUAGUUCUGCCAUCUUACGACAAGCAACAUAUGGAACAAUAAAAUUUGGGACUUACUAUUCACUUAAGAAAGUUGCAUCUGAUGCAUGGGCAACAGGAGAUUUAGUCACAAUAAAUAUUGUUUGUGCAGCAUUAGCAGGAGCUAUAUCAAGUGCGAUUGCUAAUCCUACUGAUGUAGUAAAAGUUCGUAUGCAAGUCACUGGUGAAACAAAUGUAUCACUGUUUACUUGCUUCCAAGAUGUAUAUAAGCAUGAAGGUGUUCGCGGGCUUUGGAGGGGUGUUGGGCCAACUGCUCAACGAGCGGCGGUUAUUGCGGCUGUAGAGUUACCUAUAUAUGAUUAUACCAAGAGUAAAUGUAUGAGUAUAUUGGGAAAUAGUGUUAGUAAUCAUUUCGUAUCUAGUUUUGUAGCUAGUAUGGGAAGUGCCGUAGCUUCAACGCCUAUAGAUGUAAUUCGCACUCGAUUGAUGAAUCAAAGAAGAGUGCAUAGUGCAGUUGGUAAGAGAGCCUCAUCCUAUAUUUACAAUGGCAGUAUAGAUUGUUUAGUUCAGACAAUUAAGAAUGAAGGACUUCUAGCAUUAUACAAAGGUUUUAUCCCAACAUGGUUCAGAAUGGGACCGUGGAAUAUUAUAUUUUUUAUUACUUAUGAACAAUUAAAACAAUUGGAUCAUUUGUGAUAUAUCCUUGAAUAUUAUAUUAAACAUCUGAAUUCUUCAUCAAGAUCUGGAUACACUUUUAUAAACAUCAUUAUAUCAUGUAUUUAAUAUUACUAUUUGUUAAUCUCAAUCAUAUAUAAUUUGUUGAUUGUGAAAGUGUUAAUUAAUUAUCUUAAUAUAGAAAAGAAGUGAUACUUAAAGCAGACAAACAAACUAGUACUUUUCAACAAUAAGGUAAUUGUAGAAACGACUGUAAGAAAAAGAAAGUAAAGGAAUCAGGAAAGUUCAAGAGCCUCCCAAAAUAUAAGCUUCCAUAAAUCUUUUUAGUUAGUGAUAAAAACUUCGAGAUAUACAUUCGACACAUUGUUAUGCAAUUAUAAUUGUUACAUAUUUAUUACCUAACAGUAGUAUAGAUUUACUGUUAUACUUCAUGUAUGUUAUACUUUAAUUAUCUGGACAUAUUUAUGCAUAGAUUCAAUUUUGCACAGAAAAGUUCUAGUUCAGUAAAUUAAUAAUAGUUUACUAAUAGUUUAUUAAUUUUACAUUUUAAAUUGCCAUAUGUAGAAACAAAGACUCAAGGUUCUUGAUUGAUUUAUUGCGAUACUUUGUACAAUACUAGUCAUUAUUAUCUACAUAAAUAUGAUGGUGAAUA